GAAUCUUUUGCCUCGCAAGUUUCGUGAAACCUUGAAGAGGGGUUUCUCCCUGGUGGGUUCAGGUAGACUUCAGAGCGAGCACAAACAGUGUUGCGCAAGGAGAAAGCAGAGGGUGGUUGGAGCAGCAAGUGGAGAAGAGACAAUCCCAAUGACCUGACUGAUUUUGUCUUCUCUUGGUCUCUUCACGACAUUCUCAACGAAAACCUCUACCAUGACAAGUCGACGAAGCUUAGGUUGCAAGAAAUCGAAACAUUGAAAAAGCGAAGAAAAGCGGGAAUCUUUUCGCCUUUCGUAGACCUCGAAUGGUUGGUUGCCGAAAAGACCUUGAGUUGCUUCUUUUAAGAGUCCAUGGACGACCCCUUUACCUUCCCCGUGUCAUUCUUCUUCGUCGCUAAGAAUGCUCACUUCGGAGCUGAAAAAGGGCUGAUGAUGUCCGUACAAGCUUUGCGCAAUAUUCGCCUCGAAAGUUCCUUGAAACCUCAGAGCGAUUUUUCCCUGGUGCUUUGAUGGGCAAGAAAAGGGGAGAAAGAAACAAGUAGAAGAUUUUAGUGCGUGGGUUCAGAUGGAUUUGGGAGGGAGCACAAACAGAGCGGUGGGCGUGGAGAUAGCAGAAGGUGGUUUGAGCAGGAGGAGGAGACACAGUACCAAUGACCUGACUGAUUUUGUCUGCUCUUGGUCUCUUCACGACAUUCUCAACGAAAACCUCUACCAUGACGAGGUGGAGACUAUACCGGAGACAUUUCAGUCGGUCCAGCAUUAUCUCGGAUCGCAGGUCUACCCUUUGCUGGAAGAGACACGGGCGAGUCUGUGCUCGAGUUUGGAAAAUAUUUCUUCGCAGCCUUUCACUGAGGUUACUGACUCUGUGAAAUGCACGAGAAGUGGGAACACAUAUGCUGUUAAGGCCGGUCGGUGGAGCAAUGAAUCCAACACUCGUGGCAAGGAAACUUACAAAACUUUGCCUGGAGAUAUCUUGAUUCUAACUGAUGCUAAGCCUGCAACUGUUCCUGACUUGGAGAGGUCCGGAAGAAGAUGGGUGCUUGCAUCAGUAAAGAUGAUUGGAGGAGACAAUGAAGAGAAUAAGGCAACGUCAUCCACAAACUUUACAGUAAGGGCAUUAUUGGACCAUGAAGUGAAUAAUCCCUGGAAGCCAAUCUAUGCAAUUUUCCUGACAAAUAUAGUCACUAACAGAAGGAUAUGGGAUGCGUUGCAUAGGUCUCUGAACUUGGAUAUGGUGAAGGAAGUUCUCUGCACAGAUUUGGUGGCUGACAAAGUUUCUAAUAUUUGUAUUACGAAAGGUAAUGGUUCUGCAAGUGAGAGCCUUGACGAGAGAUUGUGCCAUGAUCUGAAUGAAUCCCAAAAAAAUGCAGUUGGGGCCUGUCUUAAUAAACUCAAAUGUGGGAACAAGCCAUCUGUCGAACUGAUAUGGGGUCCUCCUGGAACUGGGAAGACUACAACUGUCGCUACACUGCUAUGUACUCUCUUGAAAAGGAAACGUAGAACCAUUGUUUGUGCUCCUACAAAUGUUGCCAUCAAGAGAGUGGCAUCUUGUGUUCUAAAGCUGCUAAAGCGAUCAGAUAAUGGUAUAAGCACUGAAACGAAAAGUUUUCUCUGUUACUUUGACAUGCUUAUUUUUGGGAACAAGGAGCGGCUGAAAGUUGAUGCCAACAUUGAAGAAAUAUACUUGGAACAUCGUGUAGAGUGCUUUUCCAAAUUCACUAGUCUAAAUUCCAUGAUAGAUACACUUGCCAACUGUGUCCGUCAAUACCACAUAUUUUUGGAAAACGAACAUACAAAAAGAAGCAAAUCAGGAAGUGAUGAUGAUGGGAGCGGAUGUGGAAGCGGUGAGCUUAAAUCAUUUCUUGAGUUUUUCAGGGACCGAUUCAAGGCAACUGUCCAGCUGCGGAGAUGCCUCAAUAUUUUCUGUACUCAUAUGUCCAGAACUAACUUCCAGAAUAUGACAUCCCUCCUUAACUUACUAGAUUCUUUUGAAACUUUAUUCUGUGGAGAGAAUUUGGAUUCGGAGAUGAUGGAGAUAACUCUUUCACGUGAUGAAGUUAGCCUGUUUUCAUUUGAGACGUCCAUGGGUCCACUAUAUAAUUUAUACAUGAAGAUACAGGAAUGCCUUUCCUUGUUGCUAACUGUUCGUGAUUCUCUGAAGGAUUUAAAACUUCCAAACUUUACAAGUAAGGACAUGAUAGCUGACUUCUGUUAUCAACAUGCUUCCCUGAUUUUUUGCACUGUUUCUAGUUCAUAUAAGCUGUACUCCGUGGAAAUGGAGCCUCUCAAUUUACUGGUAAUCGAUGAGGCAGCCCAGUUGAAAGAAUGCGAGUCAGUAAUUCCUCUGCAACUCCCUGGUGUCAAGCAUCUGAUUUUAGUUGGAGAUGAGUGUCAGUUGCCUGCUAUGGUUGAAAGCAAGCUUUCUAAUAGGGCUGGUUUUGGAAGGAGUCUGUUUGAACGAUUGAGUUCACUGGGUUAUUCAAGGCAACUUCUCAAUAUACAAUACCGGAUGCAUCCAUCAAUAAGUCUGUUUCCAACUUCAAACUUCUAUAAAAACCAAAUUUUGGACGCGCCAGAUGUGCAGAGCAAAAGUUACAGAAAAAGUCAUUUGCCAUGGCCGAUGUUUGGCCCUUACUCGUUCAUAAAUAUUCCUGAUGGACGAGAACAAAUCGGUGAUGACGGCUGUAGCCUUAGAAACCCUGUUGAGGUGGAAGUUAUCUCGAGGAUAGUGAGGAAUCUGUACAGAGCCUGGGAUGGGUCAGAAGAACAUCUGACAGUAGGCGUCAUAUCUCCCUAUGCAGCUCAGGUUUCUGCAGCUCAAGCUAAACUUGGAAAAAGGUAUGAAAAUAUCAAGGGCUUUAUGGUCAAGGUGAAGUCGGUGGAUGGAUUCCAAGGUGGUGAAGAAGACAUUGUUAUAAUAUCCACCGUAAGAUCAAACUCACGUGGGACUAUUGGGUUCUUGUCCAGUACUAAGAGAACCAAUGUUGCUCUUACCAGGGCCAGGUAUUGUCUGUGGAUUCUGGGAAAUGGGAAAACACUGAGAAAAAGCAAAUCUGUGUGGGAAGCUUUGGUUGAGAAUGCUAUGAGCCGUGGAUGUUUCUACAAUGUUGAUGAUGACAAGGACUUGGCUAAAGCCAUCUUAGAUGUGAAGAAAGAGAAUAAUGAGCUUGAUGACCUGCUUGACGGAAGCAGUGUACUUUUCAGAAAUGCUAGGUGGAAGGUUCUUUUCAGUGACAACUUCCUGAACUCGUUCCGAAAGCUGACAUCACUCAGGACAAAGAUGCCCAUCAUCAACCUUCUGUCAAAACUCUCCAGUGGCUGGAGAUCAAAGAAGAGAUAUGUGGAUAUAAUUUGUGAACACUCAUCUCAUAUUGUGAGACAAUUUAAAGCUGACGAUUUCUAUGUCAUAUGCACGACUGAUAUUGUAAAGGAAGAGAGAUACAUCCAAAUUCUGAAGAUAUGGGAUGUAUUGCCUUUAGGGGAUGUGGCAAAAUUGGUCAAACAUUUGGACAGCAUAUUCGAGACAUAUAGUGAUGAUUUUAUUAGUCGUUGCAAUGAGAAAUGCAUUGAGGGGGAUCAGGAAGUUCCGAAGACCUGGCCUUUUGAUGUUGUGCGCUAUCGAAGUCCUAGUGAAGAUCAAUUUGGGAGUAGUUCUGAUGCUGAUGCUUCAGAUCAUAGGUUGUAUGGAGAGAAUGCAGAAGUGAGUGAGAGUUUGUUUCUGACAAAAUUCUUCCCCUUCUCAUCAGAUGGUAAUGAAGCGAGUUUUCCAUCUGAAGUAACAGAGAAAGAACAAGAGAUAAUUCUCUUCCCCAGAAGCACUUUUAUACUUGGGCAAUCUGGAACCAGAAAAACUACAGUCCUGACAAUGAAGUUGUUGAGAAAUGAGAAACUGCAUGAUGUAGUAACCAAGGGAUUUCAGGAAAUCCAAAGUGGUAUCAGCCACAGAAAAGAUGCCUCUCUGGGAAUCAAUGUUGAGGAAAUUGGUGAAGGAGCAGAGGAUUGCGUAGUGCGCCAGCUUUUUGUGACUGUCAGUGCAAAAUUAUGUUUUGCGGUCAAACAGCAUUUGUCUCAACUUAGAAGCUCCAGCAUUGGUGCAAAACAUAGAGGAGGAAGCUCUUCAGUUGGUGAGAUUGUUGAUGACGCAGCAUUAUUCAAGGAUAUCCCGGAUUCAUUUGUAGAUAUAUCUCCCAACUCUCAUCCCCUUAUUAUAACUUUUCAUAAGCUUCUGAUGAUGCUAGAUGGAACAGUUGGGGCUUCAUUCUUUGAAAGGUUUCCUGAUCUAAGGGAGUUUUGUCAUGGCCAAACCUACAAUUCCAGACCAGUUGCCUUGCAAAGUCUUGUAAGAGCAAAGGAGGUUACUUACGAAAAGUUUUGUGCAGUUUAUUGGCCUCACUUCAAUGACAAGACAAGAAGGAGGCUUGAUCCUUCCAGAGUCUUCACUGAAAUAAUGUCCUGUAUAAAGGGUGGUCUUCAACCAGCUGAUGGUUGUGAAGGCAAACUGGACAGACUAGCUUAUGUUUCACUUUCAGAAGGUCGCGUCUCCACUCUGAGUGUUCAGAGAAGAGAAAAAAUUUAUGAUGCGUUUGAGGAUUAUGAAAAGAUGAAAAUGAAAAAUGGUGAAUUUGAUUUGGCCGAUCUUGUCAAUGAUCUUCAUCGCCGUCUUUUUCAUGGGCAGUUUACCGGUAAUUUGGUGGAUUUUGUAUAUGUUGAUGAAGUGCAGGAUCUCACCAUGAGGCAAAUUUCACUGUUCAAGUAUAUAUGUAGAAAUGUUGAUGAGGGCUUUGUGUUUUCUGGCGACACCACGCAAACUAUUGCAAGGGGAGUAGACUUCAGUUUUGAAGAUGUAAGGUCCCUUUUCUACAAAGAGUUCUUGAUAGAUUCAAUGGAUGGACCUGAUAUCAGAAUGGAAAAGGGUUGUCCUUCCAAAACUUUCCAUUUGAGCCAGAACUUCCGCACUCAUGCUGGUAUACUCAAACUGGCGCAGAGUGUUGUUGAUCUUCUUUACCAUUUUUUCCCUUUUUGCGUUGAUGCUUUGGACCCCGAAACUAGCUUCAUAAGUGGCGAAGCCCCAAUUUUACUUGACUCGGAGAAUGAAGAAAGUGCCAUACUAUCAAUUUUUGGGAACGAUGAUGUUAGUGGCAAGUUCGUUGGCUUUGGAGCAGAGCAGGUUAUUUUGGUUCGAGAUGAUCACUCUAGAGAUGAAGUUUCAAACCUUGUGAGAGGGCAAGCCCUAGUUCUGACGAUAGUGGAAUGCAAGGGGUUGGAAUUUCAGGACGUCUUAUUGCACAACUUCUUUGGCACAUCACCUCUGAAAAAUCAAUGGGGGUCAUUUAUGGAU